CUUCAACUUCAACAACAUUACCUUCCACCACUACAUCAACGACCGCAGCACCUACAACCCCUGCCAAUCCGUGUUUCCCAAGCCCCUGUGUACAUGGAUCGUGCUUCAUAAGCAGCGGAAACUCUCUCACAUUCUUCUGUAUGUGCCCGAUUGGCUUCGAGGGAGUCCAUUGUGAAACGAUAAUUACCUCUACUGCUUCGACAACAACGCAUACACUACCACAACCCCCCGUUGACGGACAUUGGUGUUCAUGGUCUGUAUGGUCCCUUUGUACAUCCGACUGUCACCAGACACGGACUCGGGUAUGCGACAAUCCAGCACCGCUACACGGCGGCAAAGAUUGCCAUGGUCCAACGACGGACACACGAGAUUGUUACACGUCUCCAUGCCGAGUUGACGGACACUGGAGUUCAUGGACUACAUGGUCUUUUUGUACAUCUCACUGUAAUCAGACACGGACUCGAGCAUGCGCCAAUCCAGCACCGCUACACGGCGGCAAGGAUUGCCAUGGUCCAACGACGGACACACGAGAUUGUUACACGUCUCCAUGCCGAGUUGACGGACACUGGAGUUCAUGGACUACAUGGUCUUUUUGUACACCUCACUGUAAUCAGACACGGACUCGAGCAUGCGCCAAUCCAGCACCGCUACACGGCGGCAAGGAUUGCCAUGGUCCAACGACGGACACACGAGAUUGUUACACGUCUCCAUGCCGAGUUGACGGACACUGGGGUUCAUGGACUACAUGGUCCCUAUGUACAUCUCACUGUAACCAGACACGGACUCGAGCGUGCGACAAUCCAGCACCGUUACACGGCGGCAAAGAUUGCCAUGGCGCGACGAUACAAACACAUGAUUGUUACACGGCGUCAUGUCGAUAUAUUUCAAAGACGUUUCGACGGAAGUGUUGAUUUUCACAGAAACUUUAGGAAUUAUGAAUAUGGUUUCGGCGAUGUUGUUGGUGAACAUUGGCUAGGACUUAAAUACAUCUACGAGAUAACAUCGAACGGUUAUUUUCAACUUCGCGUAAACAUAACACGCAACGACGGAAGAAAGGCUUAUGAUGUAUAUGGCAAUUUCAGACUACAACCCGGACCUCGCUAUACACUAAAUCUUGGGGCACAAUUAAAGUCGCAUGGUGUUGAACCCUCCAGUGAUACAUUCUUUACAACCUCCUCACGUACACCCGUUGGAAGUGCCUUCAGUACGUAUGAUCAUGACUCCGACAAGUUCGCGGAUGGCAAUUGUGCUGAAUUGUACAAAGGUGGAUGGUGGUAUAAUGAUUGUUACAUGAAUAUUAACCUUAAUGGUUUGUAUCAGCCCGGAAUCAGUAAAACGACGUCAAUGAUUUACGACGGGUUCCCAGGGCUCAAGUCAAGCACGAUCAUGUUUAAAGAGAUCUUCAAGAAAUAAUAAUGCGGGGACAAGAAGCAGUGCUUUCAAUCAUAUGGAAGGAACGGGAAUUUCACUUAAAAUCUUUGAUUUAUUGCCUAUGUCUUUCCUUGUAUUAUUGAUACACAAAUUAAACGACAAGACGCAUU